AUGCAUAGAAGAUUGACUACAGUUGACAGAUUAGCCAAAUGGGGAGUUCAAGUAGAUCAGUCAUGCACAUUGUGUGGAAGAGAUAUUGAAGAGACACAUGACUACUUGUACUUCGAAUGUUCAUACUCACAGAGUCUAUGGAAAGGAAUGUUAAGAUGGCUAGAGUACCAAAGAACAACUGGUAACUGGAAAACAGAAUUGCAAUGGCUAAUUGCCAAUGUAAACAACAGGAAUCCAAGAAAGACACUGCCAGGAGUGGUAUUUGCAGCAGUAGUAUACAACAUCUGGAUGAAGCGAAAUGAUAGAAGGUUUCAACAGCUGAGCAGAGAAGCCAAAGACAGAGCAAAGGAAAUUGCUCUUCAAGUACAUAUUGCUGGACAGAAGAAGCUUAAAUGGUAA